UAUCGUCUCAAACCUUCCUUCAACGAAAUUCUCGCCGCUCUCUUCGACAAAUCCUGGUUUCUCCCUUCUGAAUUAGGGUUUCUGAGCAUCAAAACUUUCUCCAAGUCUGUCAUCUUCUCUCAUUUCUCUCGGAAACCUUGGGAAAGCGAAAGAAAAUCGUGAGAGAAGAGCAGAUGAACUAUGGAAAUUCAUGAUUUCAAACUCUCUCACUAUCUCUCUCGUUAGAGACAUACAGAGUCAGGAUUUUCGCAGAAUGAAAUUUGAACCGAGAAGAGGGGCAUGUCCGAGUGUUAAUGUCGGCGUUGGUCGUUUCGCUCGAAUUGUAGCAACCAAUGGUGUUUCGUGGCUUCUAAGCGCGGGUUUGAACGAGUGACCUGAAACGGCUUGUACGGACAUAUACAGAAACAAGCAUGGACGAACACGAAGAAUUCGUGGAAGAUCCGUCCGUGGUCGAAGAAAUUGAUUUUGAUUACGAAUUUGAUGCUCCACGAUUCUAUGAUUUUACUCGGGAGGAGACGAUCUUUGAUAUCGUAGAAGCUGAUCACUGGUUUAAAACCUUAACCAGUUAUCCGCCUUCACCUUUUGCGCUAAUGUUGAUGGCGAAACGGAUUACUCCAGUGGAAAGUGCCAAAUUCCCGCCUAAAUGCGAAUUUGGUCAUGCCAAUUCUAUCAGCAACAACACAUGUGGUAUUGUUGAAUCUGAGGUCUCUCCGACACAUGAUAAUAUUAGAGGGUCAAAUAUCGAUGAUUACAUGGUAGAAGAUCUUUCAAAGACUAAUUUCAAGUCCCCAAAGAAUUCAUCUUUGUCAAGGAGUUCAUUUAUGAAACCCACAGCUAGUCAGUUAGCCAAACAAAAUCAAACCCAAGAAGUUCGGUGCAGCAGGUUGUAUAGAAGGUGUCUGAGAAAUUUGGUCAAGAUUCAAGGAAAGUCUUCAUUGAAUUCUUCUCCAAUUGAAACACAAGCAACCAAAAGACAAAAGCUAGAGGCUGGUUACUUACGCAAGGCUGCUAGUUUGAAGCAUCAAGCUCUCUUUCUACGUAAGGCUCGAAACCUUGAUGUCAACUCAACUCUUCCUAGACCUAAGCUAACAAUUCCAAGACAACCGGACCUCGCAACAAUGGCUAGGGCACAAAGACAUGGGUCUAAGAUCAAUUCAGAGUUGGGUGAAUGUGAACAACCAAAUACUUAUACCUUUAAAGCAAGACCCUUGAACAGAAAAAUUUUUAAGGCUCCUACAAUGUCCUUUCCAAGAAAGAGCACACCACAGCUACCGAAGUUUCAAGUCUUUCUGUUGAGAACAACGGAGAGGGCUAUGCAACACGCAUAUAUUAAUGCUUCCAAGGUGUGUAGUCCUAGUUCUACCUCACGGAAUCAAACUGCGAACCACAGAAGAGUAAAGUCUGUAGAUGUCUUGAAGGAGAAGAAAUCAGAGAAAGUAAGUAACUUUAUGGCCUGCUCUCAUGACAGGAAGAAAUUUUCAAAUAAAGAACGAAUUGGUGUCUUCAGGAAUAUCGGGUGGGAGACCAGAAUAUCAACUGACUUCAUGUUUCCUACUGAUAAGAAGUUCCAGGAAGAGCUGGCAAUAGAAUUAUUUAGCAAGCUCUCCCUAUCAUCUGGAGCUCAGUCGCAUGUAACAUCUGAGCCUGAUGUUCCCCUGCAUCCUAAGGGGGCAAUGGAGAAUGUAUCAGGGUCUCUUUAUCUAGAGCGUGAGAUGACGAACGAGGUCAAAGAAAAAUCAUCCACAUUUGGUCGAAAUCAGUCUCUAUGUGGUGGUGAACGGAGUAUUCAUGAAAUUGGAUCCCAGAUGAACAUUAACAGGAGCUUGGACAUUUGAUGAAUUUCAAUGUGCAGUUUUUCUAGAAUGAGCUAAGGCAUUACACAACAUUCGAUGAAUUUCAUGUUUCCGCUCAGAUUAUUUUUCUUGCCCUCCAACAACAUAAUGGCUCAAUAUGUGCAGCUGCAGUAGACGGGGCUCAUGUGCUAUAUGGACUCCGCAUAAUUUUGCUUUUAUUUCAGUGUAAAAGAAAUCUCCCAACCUCAUUUGUAGAUUAAGCCCACAAUUGUGUUGUCUAAUUAGACGCUGCCAUCAUUCGCUCAGAAAGGUUCAGUCUUAGUCACUUGCAUCCUAGUGCCGCAGUGAAAUUCUUGCAGGCAUGAAACAUCAGUCAAUAGGGCUCACUCGAUUAGAUGGAAAGUGGAGAACCAGGCAGUCGAUCAAGAAGGAUACCGCUACUUGCAGCUGCAUGUAAGCAACGUGAUUAAACUCUUUCGCGACAAAGGAAAACGCCAGAGAUUGGGAGUACUAAGGUAUGAAUCAUUAAAUUC